AUGACCUAUGAUGAACAUCUAGAACUGCGAAACGAUCUUUAUCAGACGUCGCUUAAACUUUUUCACAGUGAUAUUAAGUGGUUUUCCGAGUAUAUUCCGUCAGUAUCGAAAUGGCGAGUAAAGGUAAUGCUAAGGGAAGAAUUAAAAAAUUUCACGAAUGAAAAUGAUCAAAAUUAUGUUAAUAAAUCUACAACAAAUGGAAGAAACUCUCCUCAGAAUAAUAUGACGAAUUCUUUUCAAAUUGAGGAAAAUUCAAUAAAUAUUAACAACUCUGAGGAUUCCCCUCGUAACACUAAUUUAAAACAGAAUGUAUUUGGCAUUAACGAUGCUGUUAUAGGUGGAGAAGAAAUAUCAAUAAAACUCCUCCCUACUCCUAACCAUUCUGAAGCGUUUAAUUUACAUUACUCAAAUGAAUUGUGUGGUAUGCAUGAAAAACCGGACUCCAGCAUUAAUAAUUUGAAUAAUGCAUGCAAAAUUAAUGUGGAAAAUAAUAAAGAAUUACCGGUAUACAAUAACUUGCAUGUGGAUAAUAGUAAAAAUGAGUUAUCAGAGCCUCCGUGUACAAAAGAUGAAGAAAAAAAAAAUGAAAUAAAAUUUAACAUCAAUUUUGAAAAUGAUGAGAAGAGAGAUAGUGAGGAUUUUAAUGAAAAUAAAGAUUCAGAUAAAAUGAAAAAUGACUUUAGUAUUUAUAAUAUUUUAACUGGAGAAGAUGGCAAGUAUUUUAGAGAAAAAUGUGGCAAUAUUUCUUCUUUUGGUCUAACUUUAUGGGAAUACCUACCAUUAGUGGCAAUAUUGAGUGGUUGCACUGGGAUAUUUAUUAUUUUGAGAUUAUCUUCAGCAAUGUAUAGAUAUUCAAUUCUAUCUUGUACAAUUUCUCAUUUAGUGACAUUUAUGUUGAUCGGGAUUCCUUUAUCCCAGUUAGAAUUUUCUAUGAGAAAAAGAGGCCAAAGAUAUGGCUUUCUUGAAGCAAUGCAAUAUUUCAAUCCAAAGUAUGUGGGCAUAACAAUAUUAAGUUUGGUUACUGUUGUCGUCAUUUUUCUCUACUCAGUCCAGAUUAUUAGUACAAUUAGUGUAAUAUUAUAUAAUAUUCCAAAAAAACUAUGGAGAGUAACUUUGGAGGACGAAUUGAUUUGUAGUCGCAUAAAUAAUUCAAUUUACGCACAAGAGGGUAACUUUAUUGAUCAAAUUAAAUCCGGUAAUUUAACUGCACAAAAGAUUAAUUAUGGGUAUUCAUUGUGUUCUUUUUCCUCCAUUUGUAAUGUAGUUGCUCCAUUCUUCCAGGAUUCAAACGAAGUUAUGGAUGCAGUUAACUCCUACACAAAUAUUGGCUCUUUUAACUCAGGAAACACUGUUAAUAGUUCAAGACUUUUAGGCGAAGUUGGCUUGCAACUUUUUAUGAAGGCUGUCCAAAGUGAUAACAGUACUAAUGAUUCAUCUACCCCUAUCAAUUAUCCAACAUGGUGUAUUCCUUCUCCCUUAAAGAAGCUAAGGAACUUAUUUGUCAUGCAACAAAGUGGUUAUCAGGAGGCAAUUUAUUUUUCAUUGAAUAAUGCAAUUAUUAAUACAGAAAACAUUAUUAAAACUCGAGUCUUUCCUAUAAAAAAACCUUUAAGAUGGUUAAAUUCCAAUUUGUAUGCAAGAAUUUGUGGACUUUCUAUUUCAUUAAUAUUCAUCAUAUUCUCCAUAAAUGGAGGUGGAAAGCUAUACAGAAUGGUAUCUUUCCUUUCAUUUCUUUCUCUAAUAACACUUUUUCUCACUGCAUCUAUUCAGAUUGUUGCUAAUGAUAUUCAGCUAAGUAUCUUUAUUUCUAUAUUAGUUACCCAGGAAGGGAUUGAAAAUCUAUUUUCUCCGGCAAUAUGGUACUGUUCAAUAAAUAAUACUCUAUUAUUCUUUGGCAUUUCAUUUUUAAUUACAAUGUUUCCUUUAAAAGAGAUAAUAAAAGAAGAUUACAAUUCAAGUACUUCAAAUCCUUUAAGUUACAAGAACGAUGGAUUUUACGAUGGGAUUAUUGGAAAUAACCUUAAUUCUAGCUCAAAAGCUAAAAAUUGUCCCAUUCUUAAUAUGUUUGAUAAUGAAAAAGAACAAACAGAAAAAGUUCCUAUGAGUUUCAAAGAACCAAGAAUUGGCGAAAUUACACUUAGAAAACAUGUUUCCAGGAUGUAUAAGUCAGUUUAUAACCAAGAAAUGGAGAAGAAUGAGUCAAAGUAUAGAAAUGACGAGGUUUCUAAAAAUAAUACUAUUCCUUCAAUCUCAAUUGAUAGUCAUACUCAAAGUAUAGAAACUCAAAAUAAUCAUACGGAACAAAAUAUGGCUUUAAAACUUCAUCAAAUUAACCAAGAACACACAAAUUUCCCUUCUUUAAUGAGUGCAGCUAAUUCCGCUGUAUUCUUUCUUGCAUGCGUGAUAAUAUCAUCAAUGGUGGUUUUAAUAUCUAAUGCAGCUUUUAUCUCUCUAACUGAGUCUCCGAAUACUACUUUGCUUCUUCCAUUUAAUCGUCAUUUUGGAAAAACAUCAAUUACAGCCAUUAUUAAAGACAAUAUUAAUCAGAAUAAAGUUAAUGAAUCUUCUAAUGAAAAAUCCUUAAAAAUUGAUCAAGAUUCUUAUAAUAUUGAGGAUAUAAAAUCCAAACAAUAUAAUUACUUUACUAUUCCUAAAUAUUUUCAUGGGAAUAAUUGGUUAAUGCAUGAUAUGUUUGAACCAGACUCAGGCCAUUUUCAAGAAAUAUUUCAAUUCUUUAAUGGUGAAUCUGCAUCAACAGAAGAAAUUAAUUUUUUAAAAAACCAUAUGACUAGUUGGUUCAAGUGGAAUUUCAUUCAGAUUAAGUUUCAGUCUUUGAUACUUGGAGAGUAUAUGGUCAUUUAUUUAAUAAUGAUUGGUAUAGAAGUUUCCAAAAGGAUACCAAGUGGAGUAAUAAUUUUCUUUAUACUUGUAGUUUUUUCCUUUGCAAUUUCUAGUGCAUGUAUAUGUACUAGUAUAAUAUCAAAGCAUAUUUUUGUUAUCUUUAACUAUUGGAUUCUCCCAAUAAUUGGCCCCAAGUUUGGAAUUUUAAAUCAAGAUUCAAACUUAAACAAUUCAAAUAAGAAAAAUAUUAAGAAUAUUAGAAGGUUGAAAAGUUGUAGCCAUAGUAAACAUACAAUUGAUAACUUGAAUUAUUGUGUUAAUUCAAGUAAUUUUGAGAUUGAGGAAAACAAAGAAUCAAAGAAAAAAAAAGGGGAAAAGUCAGCCGGCUUAAAGAAAUUAUCGGUUAUUUACAAGAUUAAAUGUUUUUUAAAGUUAAUAUUUUGUAUAUUAUCAUCAUUCUGUUUGCUAAUAAAGAAGGAAAUUUUAAAGUUUUUUGGGAUUUCGUAUAGGAACAAAAAGAAUAGAAAUGCCGAAAAGAUGACAUUUUUUAUUCAGUUUGCCUUCAUUACACUUUUAAUGGUAACGGUACUAUUAACAAAUAUAGUUACUGCAUUUAUUCCAAGGUUUCCGCUUGAUAAUCAAAAUGUUAAUGACAAAGUGCUUAAAGAACAAUUGGAACUAAAUAAAAUGGCUUUUCUUAACUUUUCUGAUAAGAAUGAAUUAUCAAAAUAUUACAAAAAUGAACUUUAUAUUUCUAAAACAUUUAAUAUAAUAUUUGGUUCUCUUUUUGAUAUCCAAAUAAUAAGUAAUGCAGCCAAUUUUAUGUUAGCUUUAACAGCAGGACUCGAAACAAUUAUACUAACUUGGUACAUGUACAGGGAUAUUCAAGAAGAGAUUGUUGGUAAGAAUGCUCUAAAGUGUCAAGCAAUUGGAUAUAUAAUCUCAACAAUUUUACUUUCUAUUGGGUUUUUAUUUGGAACAAAAUAUAUUUUUGUCUUAUUUAUAUUAUUAUCUUCGAUAAAUUACCUAAUUACUUUUAUUAUUGCAAGGUACUUUGCAAAGAAGAAUUUCAAGAGUAAUCAUGAACAAGUAAUAAAAAGGCAGAAGUAUAGCCCAACUUGGUGGUUGUAUAUUUCUAAUAUUGAUUUUUUAAGAAGGAAACUCAAUUCAAAAGAGUUGGAAGAUGCUGGAUCACUAAAUUAUUACUCGGAGAAGUCUACAAUACAAGUGAGUAACUUGAAUAGUAAUCAUAAUCACAAUCAUAAUAAUAGUAAUUAUAAUCAUAAUAAUAAUAGCAAUAAUAAUAAUAAUGAUAAUAAUAAUAAUAAUAAUAAUAAUAGUAAUAAUAAUAAUAAUAAUAAUAGUUUUUAUGGUUUGAAUAAGAUGAAGAUCAGCCAAAACAAAUAUUUUGCUAAAAAUGAAGAACUCAUUCAAAGCAUUUCCAACUUUAACUUGUACUGUAAUGUUAGAUCUCGCCAACCAUUAUUUAUCAGUUUUUGGUUCAUUAUGGCUAAAUACUUCUCUUCAAUACUUAUUUUCAGUACGAUACCUUUAAACAUAGCAAAUACAAUAAGUAUGCUCUUCCUAAGAUUAGAAUGUUUGGAAGGUAUAAUUCCCGAAAUAUUUUUGAUGAACUACAUUUCAAAUAUGAAGACAAAUACCAUAAAUAUAUUUAACCGAGUAUCCAUUUUUCAACCAAUUCAAGUUUUGGUAAUAACCUUAUUAAUGAUAUUUGGAAUUAGUACUGCAUUAAUAAUCACAAUAUACAUUAAGUUAAAGGGAGAUAAAUUAAAAAAACUUUCAAACUCUCAUACUAAAAAUAGCUCAUUUGCUUAUAUUCAAGGUAAUCCAGAAGAAAAUCAGGAAAUAAACUUGAAUAAUAUAUUAGACGACGUUUAUGAAUCUUUAAAAGUUCCAAAAUGUGCUGAAUUAUAUUUGAACAAUAAGAUCGAGAACUUGGGGAAAAUGCCCCAAAAACUGAUUAUUUCCCUAGCAAUGCAUGAAAAUUACAAACUACUCAACAGGCAAUACUAA